AUGGAGACACAGGUCGGAGAGGAGCUCUGCUUUCCACAACUCUUCAACACAUCCUGCAGGAAGCUGACGUCUCCUUUGUUUGAAGUGAUGCUCAUUCACAUUUUGCUUUCCUCCAUCUCUCUGCUCACUGUAGCUCUCAACCUGCUCGUCAUCAUCUCAGUCUCCCACUUCAGGCACCUCCACACACCCACCAACAUCCUCCUCCUCUCUCUGGCUGUCUCAGACUUUCUCGUGGGCCUCCUGCUGAUACCCGGAGCAAUCCUGCAAAAAACAUCCUGCUGGUUUCUUGGUGAUUUUUUGUGUUCUCUGUAUUCUUAUCUAGAACUUAUCAUUAUUUCUUCCUCAGUAGGUGACAUGGUGCUCAUAUCAGUUGACCGUUAUGUGGCUAUUUGUGACCCUCUGCAUUACACCACCAGAAUCACCAUGGAUAGAGUUAAAUUAUGUGUCUAUCUGUGUUGGCUCUGUUGUGUUUCCUACAGCCUUCUCUUUACAAAGGGUUUCCCGACUCAACCAGACAGGUAUAUUCCGUGUUACGGAGAAUGUGUGUUGGUGGUUGGCUAUAUUGCAGGGAUUGUGGACCUUGUUUUGACCUUUAUUGUUCCAGUUACUGUCAUCGUAGCUCUGUAUCUGAGAAUAUUUGUCGUGGCUGUGUCUCAGGCUCGUGCCAUGCGCUCUCACAUUACAGCUGUCACACUCCAGAUUUCAGUGACUUCAAAGGCAAAGAAAUCAGAGCUGAAAGCAGCCAGGACUCUCGGUGUUCUUGUAGUUGUGUUUCUAAUUUGUUUCAGCCCAUAUUACUGCAUUUCUCUUGCAGCUGACAACUUGCUCACGGCCUCAUAUGCAUCCUUUAUGGUCCCAAUGUUUUAUUUUUUAAACUCUUGUCUAAACCCUGUGAUCUAUGCCUUUUUCUACCCCUGGUUUAGAAAAGCAGUUAAACUCAUUGUUACUCUUCAGAUAUUGCAGCCUGGCUCCUCUGAGGCCAACAUACUGUAGAGAGGCUGUGGAGGGACUGAGAUCAGACUUGGAAUGAAUAUGUUCCUGCUGUUCAGUGAGUAAAUUAUUAAAUUUGAAUUUCAAUACAGAAAUUGAAAGGCCUGUGCUUCAGCUUUUGCUUUUUGUGUAUUUUUCCUCUCUGAUGCUGCUGCAUUUUAGGAGUCAUAAGCACCAUAUACUGUUUCUUUUUUCCCCAGGAACCAUAUUCUUUGUGAUAAGAAACAUGUUAACCCAAAAGAACAAAAGGGCUACUAAAGCUUUGUAUUUAUGUUACUAUGUUUGACCAAAGCAUCUUCUCUGUGAUUUGCGUCCACUUUCUUGGACAGGCCUGCUGGGCUCCUGUUCCACAGAGAAAAAAGAUGCCCCUGAAUAGCCACACUUUCAUGUAUUUGUAUGUUUCCACUAUAGAAAAAUAUCAACUAUUGUGUUUCAAAUUAAACUGUCCACACAAAAACAUCAUGUUCUCUUUCAGCUAAGGGACAAAAGCUGCUUUAAUCAUUUCAGUGCAGUGCCAUUCAUAUUUGAUCCCCUGUAUAUCUUCUCUCUAUGACACACAUAUUGAAAGCAGUAUGAAGUCCUUUUGGCAAAAAGUUUAACAACAGCUAAUUUGAAAAGAUAAUAUUUUAUAGAUUAUCUAUCCUUCAGCGGAUAAUUGCAGUUACAUUUCCAGAGAAACAUG